AUGUCUCUGUAUCCCAUGGGACUAGAUCCCUAUGUAUCUCGACAAUGCCUCCUUCACCACAUGUACUCGCCACUCGUGUCGGUACACCUGUCGCCCGCCGCCGACGCCUUCCUCCAGUCGGUCGUCAACGCCGCCGAUACGUCGGUGCUAUCGAUUCUCAAACCCUAUGGAAAUAACGUACAAUACCCCAUCCCCAACCAGCUGUUCAAAAUCACGAACAACCAGCUCAUCACCAAAAACUACCCCAGUUUCCCCGUCCGCUUCGACUUCCCGUUGCAAGACUUGUUGUCCAUCGCAUCGUCAUCAUCCUCUGACCACUCGUCAUCCCUCCAGCAACUAUUCAGUAUAUCGUCCCUUGAACGGCUUCUCAAGGAACUCCCGUUCGAUGCCAAUGACGACUUGUACCUCGCAUUCUUCAACAAGGUCAUCACGUCCAACUCGAUCGUGGCGUUCCACACAUUCAACCACCCGAUUUCUCAGAUAUUUGUCAUCGACUAUGCCAACGAUUCAGUAGACUACUUGCGGGCCAGGAUCGUUGAGUUCCGCAACUAUCGCUUCCCGCCCUUCUUCCAAAUCAACGACCUUUUGGUGCAUGCGUUCGUGGUUUACGACGAGAAUGCGGUGGGGGCCAGUGAGCUCGCGGCUUUUGAGGCCGACGUCAACAAUAAGUUGUCUGUGGCGGUGACGUUUAUCCCAGUGGUGUUCCAGGAACCGGAAAAGAGUGCAUCACAAGUGGAGAUUCUUGUGAACCAAAACUCGACAAUUGACGAGGACUUACAGCGAAUCUCUUUCGGUUCCACCCCCGACCAUUUUAUGAUUCCCACACUGGUCGAUAGAAGCCUUCGGGGGUCGAUACACCAGUUCAUCUCGCAGCAGUUGAUUCCACAUAUGGAGAAAAAGGUGCGGUUGUGGGAUGACCAGAUUCUUGCUCCUAAGCGGUCCAUCACCAACCGUUUUUUCUCGGCUUCCCGAAAGCUCUUCAACAACAACAAUGCCUCAGAUCACCAAGCCGAUACCUCGUCGUUCAACUACCAGGAAAACUACUACCACAAGUCAUCGCCUGAACAGUCGAUUCGGAAACUCGCAGAUUGGUCAUUGAUUCUCAAGGACUUUAAGUACAGCUACUCGGUCUACGACCUCAUCAAAAAGGACUACAACAACGACAAGGCGUGGAUCUAUGUGGCGUCCACCCAGGAAAUGUGCAUCAUAUCCUUGCUCCUAGUGCAAACCCAGUUGGCCAAUAAUCUUGGGGUUUCUCCCGACAGAAACACCCUCAGAAGGAUCCGAAACGAUAUCAUAGAACCGUACCUUGACAACCUUCUGUAUACGUACAAGUCCCGUCUCAAUCUCAAGACGUACAAUCUCCGGACAUUGUUGGUGGUAGUGGAGCUUCUCCAGUGCAUGUGUUCCACCUUCAAAAUGUACUGGUGGUGGAUCGACCUCAUUGAGAAGUACUUGGUCAAAUGUGUUCAGGAGUUCGAUGCACAUUUGAUAGCUUCCAACCAGAGCCUGCAAGUGAUCAAGGCCAUCAUCUACGAACGUCUUGGCUUUGUCUUUGGUAAAAUCUCGGUGGAGUCAAUGGUGCAAAUCGAUCAUCAGGAGCAAGAAAAACCUCCAGAGGAAGAGGGUCUCUACCAUAACCCAUACAAGAUACGCCCCAAACGAGUACCGUACAUCGUCGGGUCCGGUAGGUUCAGAAAGUCGUCCACUUGGUACUUACUUUCCAUUAAAGAAUGGUUGGCACUUGAGAAAUACGACCAUAUUAAAGUGCUUCUCAGCAACAUUCGUUAUUCCUUUGACCUCGAACUCACGGACAAUUGGUACAACCGAAGCGAUCUCUUGCUCGGCAUCAUAAAGAGGCGGCUAGUUGAUCAGGACAAAGUUCCUCCGCUUGAAGUCGCCUCUUCCUAA